ACGUCCAUUUUUUGGACUGUUGUUUACUUACUGAACUACUGUAUUUCAUCUGGAUUGAGUUAGAUCUGGAUUGAGUUUGAGAUUUUCCUUUCAAAUUCAUCAUCAUCCAUGGCCGAUUCAUUGCUCUAAGCCAAUUUUCCACUGUAAAUUUUCUGGGAACUAGGAUUUUGAUACCUCGGAAAGGCCAUGACAGCGGAUGAAUCAAGCAGCUCUGUCUGGAGCAGGGAGCAGGACGUAGCAUUCGAGAAUGCCCUAGCAACCUACCCGGAGGAUUCCUCCGACAGAUGGGAGAGGAUUGCCGCCGAUGUUCCGGGGAAGUCAUUAGAGGAGAUUAAGGAUCACUAUGAGAUCUUAACCGAGGAUGUUAGCAGGAUCGACUCCGGCCGCGUUCCCCUCCCCUGCUACAAUUCUUCUACCUCGGACCACUCCGUGGGCCGUGAUGGCGAUGAAGGAACUAGCAAGAAAGGUGGGAACUCCAACUGUGAUUCGAAUCAUGGAAAGUCUAUUAGGGCAGAUCAGGAGCGUCGGAAGGGGAUUCCCUGGACAGAAGAGGAACACAGGUUAUUCCUUCUUGGUUUAGACAAAUAUGGGAAGGGUGAUUGGAGAAGUAUCUCGAGGAACUUUGUUGUGACCAGAACACCUACACAAGUUGCAAGCCAUGCCCAGAAAUACUUCAUCCGCUUAAACUCAAUGAACAAGGAUAGGAGACGGUCUAGCAUUCAUGACAUCACCAAUGCUAACGGCGGAGAUGCAUCAGUAGUACCCCAAGGAGGACCGAUUACUACUGGACACACUAAUGGAACUGCCGCUGCCGGAAAAUCCAACAAGCAAUUGACUCUAGCUCCUGCUCCUCCUCCACCUCCUUCUGGAGUUGCUGCUAUGUAUGGGGGAACAACCAUUGGACAACCAAUUGGAGUGCCUCUUGUUCCUGCAGUUGGUACACCUAUGAAUCUUCCGCCACAUGCUCAAAUAGCUUAUGGGACACCUCCCAUCCCUGGACCAGUGGUUUCUGGUGCUCCAGUAAGCUUGUCUUCAUCUACGCAUAGGUAAACGGCUUUUCUCAUUCCGCCUUUGUACAAUCAGAUAUGAAUAACUUCUGCUUUUCCUUUUUCUGGAGGGGGGCAUAUAUCAACUCUGAGUCAUCAUAAUAUAAAUACUACAUAUUAUGGUGUCACUAGAAGACAACACCCACCCUUGAAACUCUUGCAUUCCAUGAAAGUUGAAAUGAAUUGUUUAGAGAGGAUGCUUUUGAUAUAUAUGUAUAGGAAGCUUGUGAUAAUGUAGCACUUUGUUUAGAAAAGUGAGUGCAUUACCAAUUUACGAUGGAGGAGUUGGAGGCGCCCUCACCAAAUUUGGUAGUUCUAAUGCUAAAAAAAGCAGGGCUAUCCUCCCAUGGAAGUUGUGCAGCACAUGUGAUUUCUCCUUGGGAUGUGUAUAGCAUUGGGUAAAUCUAUUGUACCAGAGUUUGAUACCGUGUGUUUUUUCGAGACAUACGCAGACAUUAUCGGUCUGUGCGGCCAGAUAGUGAUUGUUUGUGUGUAUCGGUGAAACACUUGGUGUCCAACUUGAUGUGACUAUAGCAUGAUUUGUUUAACAUCUUCCAAGCACCUAUUUUAUGGAGAUUUCAUGUAUCUAGAUUGUCACAGAGAAAUUUACCUAAAUAGGACUAAAACAUAAUAACUUUCCCAAUAUAGGACCAUAUGUUUU